AGCAUGGGUGCUAUGUCUUUACAAACAGACGAUGACAUUGAAAAUAAGAAGAUCGCUGAGUUUUCUAGAAGUGUUUCCUGGACCAGGUUUUGGAAUGGACAAAAAUAUUCAGAUUCUAGAAAGUGUGAUGGUAUUUGGGGUAAUAAUCAGCCACCAGAAGGCACUCAAGAUGGCGCCUGUGUUUCUGUUGGUGAAAAUGGACUGUGGAAAAUCACAAGCUGCAAAGAGUUAUUGCCAUUCGUUUGUAAGAAGCCAGCAUGCAUCAAUGGAACAUCCGACUGUGGAAAUGGAAAGUGCAUUAAUACCAAAUGGUUUUGUGAUGGGAUAAAUGACUGUUCAAACAACUUGGAUGAAAUGAACUGUGCUAACAGGUGUUCAUUCUACAAGACUGGUGCAUCAGGAACCAUCACUCAGGGUUCAUACAAGCCCAAUGCUGACUGCUUUUGGACUGUUGAGGGCCCAGUGGGAACCCAGCUCAAAUUAACAUUCACCACAGUGAGAACAGAAAAGGAUCGUGACAUUAUUGAGGUGUGGGGAGGAUCAAAGUCACUGAAAACUAGUACCAAACUGACGACUUUAUCAGGUGAUUCUGACAACCGUGAUGUGUACAGCUUCAACAACUUUCUGAUUGUCAGAUUCAGAUCAGAUGCAACAGUGGAGUCGUCUGGAUUUGUAGCCACAUGGAGAUCAGAUGUGGCUGAAUUGUCAAGAACUGUUCAAGACAUCGCAGCUUCUGAUAACUGGCAAAGUCUGUCUUCUCCAUUUUACCCAAGCACUCCUCCAUAUGGUUUCUCUCGUCAUUGGCUCAUCACAACAGAUGCUGAUUCCAUUCUAACACUAGAGAUUUUUGAAGUGGAUCUGAUGUCAGAUUGGGAGUUGCUGAUUUACGACGGUGACAGCUACAUGGAGCAACCAGUGACAAUAAGAAUGUCAUCUGGCCUGCGGUCUCCACCUAUCUACAUUUCUUCAAGCAACAAAAUAAGAGUCGUUUUGAAGGGAAUAAAAAUCAUCUCUGGCAAUGGGAUCAACAUGAGGGUGAAAAAAGGAUGUGAUGUUCAGAUUCAAAAGAACGCAGGUGAAAUCUACUCUCCUGGUUAUCUCAAGAACAAGUACCCGACUUCCAUCGAUUGUUCGUGGAUGCUGAAGGCACCUGAUGCAGACAAGCGACCAAUUCUACUCAAUCUAGUUGAAUUCUCUCUGGCUGCAGAUGAGAAAGAUGUAGUUAAGGUGUAUAAUGGACAAGACACCAGUUCCCCAGCUAUUCAUGAAGGUGACGGAUUUAAGGGUGACCUGACUAAUGCCAUGAAAUCUGUCGCUGGUGGUGAUACAGUUCAUCUGACCUUCACCUCAAGUCUUAUUCAAGCUGAUGGCCGCUUCAAAAUAGAAUUUUCCAUUGGUAAGCCAGUCAUUUGA